UUGCACCAUCAAGUCAAAAUGGAGUUCAAUUUACCACUCAAAAAAGAUGAUUUGUUAAAAGAAGUCGAUGGAUGUUAUUGUGUGAAAACAGUGGUCGCCUUACGCGAUCUUACUAAAGUUUUUGAUGAUAAUCGACAAGCGUUGCAAAUUAAAAAGUCAGCAUUCAUUUUAGACCAUUUUGACGACUUUUUUGCUGUGUUAGUUCAUAGUAAAAAUAUUGAAGAAUCAAUAAUUAUGAGAGCUUUUGAUCGUUUGUAUAAAUCGACUGAAGUAUUUGUUAAGGAUUUGGAGACUCAUGAUUUCUCUCAAGAUAAAAAGGAAAUUUUAUGCAAAGUCAAAAUGCAUGCGUAUUUGCUUUCGAAUUUUAUGAAUUUUUUAGAAGAUCAUACACUUAAAUCAAACAACCAAUUCGGAGAUAGAGGAACAGGAAAAAAGAAGAAAACGGACCAAAAAUCUGAGGCUAGGAAAGAAUGGGAAUUUAAGCGUAAUAAAAUUUUACUCAUCAUUCAUAAUUGGUUACAGUUACCAUUAAACGAGUUGUGGGACCCACCAAUCGUUGAGCAAUCAUUUGUGAUGUUAUUAGCAGAUAUUUGUUAUAAAAUCAUAGAGUUUGACAAAGAUAGAAGUGAUAAGCAAAUUAAACAAAUUGUUUGGCAAAUUUUGGGGAAUCUUGUUAAAAAUUAUAGUCAUGCAGUUUCGUGUAAGAUAAAAAUUAUUCAACUAGUGAAAAUGUAUGAUAAUUUGGUAGCAUCAUUAGCUCAAGGAGUCGUAAGUAUGGUUACCGAACAUCAAGGUCAAAGUUUUAUAACUGAAAUUUUAUAUGAAAUUGAACAAGUUAAUUUUGAAGAAUCUGAGGCACGUAAUAUUGCAUCAUUUCUUUCGACUAUUGCUGCCACAAAACCAGAGCUUUUUUUAUCAGACACUGAUGAUAUUAUGGAUCAUGUAUUUGGCUUCCUUGAUAAUGAAUCUUACAUAAUGAGAAUCUGUUCUAUUGAUAUAAUUGAAAGUGUACUCAUUAAUUGUUUGUCGCGAGAAAAUUUAAUUAAAAAACGGAGAGAAUUACGUGAUGAAUGUUUCCAAUUUUUAUAUACACAUAAAUUAGAUUGUAACAGUUUUGUUAGAUCUAAAGUAUUCCAGGUUUGGCAAAAAUUAUUAUCUUCUCAGGCAGUCCCAAUUCAACAAAUAGUGCCUCUUGCAAAAGCUGUAACACCACACCUGCUCGAAGUUGGUGCUAUUAUGAGAAAACAAGCUCUUCAAGUAAUACGUCAUCUAUUAGAGUGCAAUCCAUUCACUUUCAAAUUUGACAAACCACAAUUAAUUGAUAAUCGUAAAAAUUUUGAACAACAAUUACGUGAAUUACAAGCUAAUUUUGUUACAGAAAGUGCAAGCGGUGACGAUGAACGUAUUGAGCUUUGGAAACAGCUAGCUCCUGAGAUUAAAAAGGCAAUCAAAAGAUCCUUUGAAGAUGAUAAUGAAGAUAAAGAAGACAGCGAUUUAAGUGAUGAUGAUCAAGAUGAUGGAGAUGAAGAUGUAGAUAUUGACAAAGAAUGGGAAUCGAUACGAAGUUUAAUUGUUGAUCGUAAAUUUUUAGCAGCAGUGAAGCGAUUGAAAAUAAUUCUAAAAAAAGUAAAUUUGGCAUCUGAUUCUUGUGAUAUUGAAAUUGAUGGCAGAGAAGAUUGUUUCUUACUUUUCCUUGCUCAUAUAUUUUUGAAAUCACAAAGCGAUAAUACUAGUAAAGAUAAAUUUGACAGUGCUCAAUGGAAAAAACGUAAACAAGCAGUAAAUUACUUGAAACAAACUUUAAAUAUAUAUGAAAGUAUGAUAACCUUUAUAACAGAAUUAGAGGCCGCAAUUCCCAUUGUUAAACAAAUGUUAAACGCAGCAGCACCUGGAGUAGCUAUUGAAGCUUGUGCUUUGUUAGGUAAAGCCUAUAAAUUUAAUAUUAGUGGAGCUGAAGAAGCAUUUCAUGCGGCAUUAUUACAAGCUUUCAGUAGAGAUGAAUCAGUGAAAAGGAAUGUCGCUGAAGUUUAUAAAGAAAUAUAUUUUAAAAGCCAAGAUAACAUUCCAAGUCGCCAACGUGCAAUGAUUUCCGUCAACGGAUUGAUUAACUUAUUAAAAACAUUAAAACCAGGUCAAAGUCCAGCUUUAGAACAGCUUGUAGGAGAGUGGUGCGAUAACAAAGAUUUAGAUGAAGAUAGUUGGCAAAUAAUGUGGGAAAAAUAUAGUUUUAAAACCUCAUCAGUAACAGUAAUUGAGAGUCGUUGUGCUAUUAUCCUGCUUAAAAUGGUAGCGGCUAAAAAUCCAAAACUUAUCCUCAAGAACUUAAAUAUUUGUAUUAAAAUUGCUUUUCAAACACAUGAUGAUAUUUUAUUAGCACGUGAUACGUGUAAAGCAAUAUCUAUGAUUAAACAUGAAAAUACGGAAAAUUCCAAAAAAGAACCUUUGAAAUUUGAAAAUGAUCAUGAAUUAUUUCAGGCAAUCUCAUAUUUAUUGAUUAAUAAAUUUGACUCAGUUUCGCCAAUGACAUAUGCUUCUUUUGCCACUGAAGCAAUCAAUGUAAUUUAUCAGUUUGCGAAUACACCAGAUAUUAUUAUGAAAGAAAUUUUAUCAGAGCUAUCAGCAGAACCUACGAUCGAAAAUGAUGUUCCUGAAUCACAUUUAGCUAAAUUUUUAUAUGUAAUUGGUCAUGUUGCUGUCCGACACAUGGUACAUCUUGAUGUGGAAAUUUACAAUGAAUUGAAACGUCGUAAUGCCAUUCGUGAUGCAGUAAAAGGUAAAAAGAAAAAUAUUUUGAAUAAUACUAAUAAAAACAACUCGAUAUCAUCAUCGCCUGGCUCUGUUCAAUCAUCCGCAAGAAAAGCUCGUCAAUCAAUAAAUGUGAAUCGAAGAAAUACAACAGCAUCAGAAGAAACUGAAGAAGAUAUUCUUUCUGGGGCAACUGCUGAUGAUAAUGACGCUGAAGCAAUUAACGAUGCUUUGGAUAAUAACGUUGUGAAUGAAAGUGGUUUGUUAGCAGAAUAUGUUCCUCUCAUAGAACAGGUGUGUCAAAAUCCAGAAAAGUAUAAUAAUAGAUAUAUUCAGGUUUGGGGUGUGCUGGCACUUACUAAGAUGAUGACGGUAUCUUCAAAAUUCUGUCAAGACCAUCUUCAGUUACUCAUGACAAUACUAGAACGAUCAACUUAUCCGGAAAUAAGAUCCAAUAUUUUAAUCGGUCUUUCUGAUUUAAUGAUCAGAUUUACAAACGAUAUCGAUCCUUGGACUAGUCACAUGUACACCAGGCUUUUUGAUCAAGAUGUAGGAGUACGUCGGACAGCUGUAAGAAUACUUUCUAGUUUGGUUAAACGAGAAAUGAUUCGCGCAAAAGGACAAAUGUCAGAAAUGGCUUUGUGUAUCAUUGAUCAAGAUGAACAAAUAAGAAAUGAUGCUCAAUUAUUAUUUAAAGAACUCUCUAAAAAACCUAAUGUUCUAUGUAAUAUUUUACCAGAUAUUUUAUCCAAGUUUUCAUCUGCAGAUGAGGAGAAAAUAAGUGAAGAGGAUUCACAAACCAUUUUCAAAUUUAUAUUUUCAUUAUUCAGCAAAGAAAGAGAAAUGGAGUCUGUAUUAGAUAAAAUUUGCUUUAGAUUUAAAGAUGUAACUACAGAAAGACAAAGCAGAAUUUUAACAUAUUGCUUAUCACUUUUACAAUUAAAUAAAAAGGGUAUAGCUCAUUUAACAAGAAAUCUUUCACUCUUUAAGGACAAACUUCAAAAUAAACACGUGUAUCUUGCUUUGAGAGAAGUAAUAGAACAAGCUAAGAAGAAAGCCGAUGUUAGAGAAGCUUGCGUGAUUUUAGAACAAGAGAUCGAAAAAUUAAUGGACGAUUCAAACUCGAAUAAUCAUCCAAAUACUCAAAAUCAAAAUAAAGAAAAUGAAAAUCCUCCUGAAAAUUUAACCAACAACACUGUUAAUGUUAACACCACCAUUAAUAAUAGAAAAAAUACUAAUAGCGAUCGAGAAGUCAUGCCUCCUCCCGAAAUUUCUCCGCCAAAACGACGUUCAGCACGUCAGUCAACAAAGCGGAAGAUACAAUAG